AUGCUUCUAGCAACAUUCAAGCUGUGUGCUGGGAGCUCCUACAGACACAUGCGCAACGUGAAGGGGCUGAGGCACCAAGCUGUGCUGGCCAUUGGCCGGGAGCUGAACCGGCGGGCACUGGGGGACCCAACUCCUAGUGCAUGGAUUAACCAGGUUCGGCGUCGGAGCUCUCUGCUUGGUUCUGGGCUGGAAGAAAUUCUGUACAGCGACCAGGAGUUGGCCUACAUCCGGCAGGGAGAGGAGGCCAUGCAGAAGGCCCUGGGCAUCCUCAGUAACCAGAAGGGCUGGAAGCAGGAGACCCAGCAGGCCAAUGGGGACAGAGUGCUGAGUAAAGUGGUCCCAGACGUGGGCAAGGUGUUCCAGCUGGAGGUGGUGGUGGACCAGCCCAUGGGCAGGCUCUAUGAGGAGCUUGUGGAGCACAUGGAGGCAAUGGGAGAGUGGAACCCCAGUGUCAAGGAGAUCAAGGUCCUGAAGAAGAUUGGAAAAGAUACAGUCAUCACCCAUGAGUUGGCUGCAGAAUCGGCAGGAAACCUCGUGGGGCCACGUGACUUUGUGAGUGUGCGCUGCUCCAGGCGCCGAGGCUCCACUUGUGUGCUGGCUGGCAUGGCCACACACUUUGCAGAGAUGCCUGAGCAGAAAGGUGUCAUCAGAGCUGAGCACGGUCCCACCUGCAUGGUACUUCAUCCCCUGGCUGGAAGCCCGUCGAAGACCAAACUCACUUGGCUGCUCAGUAUAGACCUAAAGGGGUGGCUACCAAAGACUAUCAUCAACCAGGUCCUAUCACAGACCCAGGUGGAUUUUGCCAAUCACCUGCGCAAGCGCCUAGAGACCAGCCCUGCCUCUGAAGCCAGGUGUUAGAGACCA